GUCACAGCACCGGCUGUGAGACAACCGCAAGCAGCGUACGCUCCGCUCCACUCCCCGAACCCCGCAGACAUGGACCUGGAGCGGCCCAUGCACCUCGCGCUCUUGCCCCCCAUGUAAAAGCUGCGCGGCCCCGACGACACGCGUCCCGAGAGAGAGGGAGAGGAGUGAAGAGGGAGGGUGGGGGGCAGGUUAUUUUAUCCCUCCGCGAGGCAUCACUGUGCACGAGAGAGAGCGCGAGAGACAGCGCGCGCGAGAGAGAGGCUCCAGGUGGGGGGCGGGCGGGGGGACAGAGGAAACACAGUCGUGACAGCAGAGGCCGUUCCAGGAUAUAGGGCAACACCUCCAUCAUCAUGGCGAGUGACUCUCCGGCCCGGAGUCUGGACGAAAUCGACCUGUCCGCUCUGAGGGAUCCUGCUGGCAUCUUUGAGCUGGUUGAGCUGGUGGGAAAUGGCACCUAUGGACAGGUGUACAAGGGUCGCCAUGUUAAGACAGGGCAGCUGGCAGCCAUCAAGGUCAUGGAUGUCACCGGGGAUGAGGAGGAGGAGAUUAAAGCGGAAAUCAACAUGCUGAAGAAGUACAGCCACCAUCGGAACAUCGCCACCUACUAUGGAGCGUUCAUCAAGAAAAACCCCCCUGGCGUAGAUGACCAGCUAUGGCUGGUCAUGGAGUUCUGUGGAGCCGGCUCAGUGACGGACUUGAUCAAGAACACCAAGGGGAACUCUCUAAAGGAGGAGUGGACCGCUUACAUCUGCAGAGAGAUCCUCCGGGGUCUGACUCAUCUCCAUCAGCACAAGGUCAUCCACCGAGACAUCAAGGGACAGAAUGUCCUGCUGACGGAGAAUGCAGAGGUCAAACUGGUGGACUUUGGUGUGUCGGCGCAGCUGGACAGGACAGUAGGUCGCAGGAACACAUUUAUCGGGACACCGUAUUGGAUGGCACCAGAGGUCAUCGCUUGUGACGAGAACCCCGACGCCACGUAUGACUUCAAGAGUGAUUUAUGGUCACUGGGAAUCACCGCGAUCGAGAUGGCUGAGGGAGCGCCACCGCUCUGUGACAUGCACCCGAUGAGGGCGCUCUUCCUCAUCCCGCGCAACCCUGCACCCAGACUCAAGUCGAAGAAGUGGUCAAAGAAGUUCCAGUCGUUCAUAGAGAGCUGCCUGGUGAAGAGCCACAGCCAGAGACCCAGCACGGAGCAGCUGCUCAAGCACCCGUUCAUCAGAGACCUGCCCAACGAGAGGCAGAUCCGCAUCCAGCUGAAGGACCACAUCGACCGCACCAAGAAGAAGAGAGGAGAAAGGGAUGAGACGGAGUACGAGUACAGCGGCAGUGAAGAGGAGGACGAAGAAAGAGAAAUGGGUGAACCGAGCUCCAUCAUCAACAUCCCCGGCGAGUCGACCUUGAGGCGGGACUUCCUGCGCCUCCAGCUGGCCAAUAAGGAGCGCUCCGAGGCGCAGAGGCGGCAGCAGCUGGAGCAGCAGCAGAACGAGGAGCACAAGCGCUUACUGCUGGCUGAGAGACAGAAACGCAUCGAGGAGCAGAAGGAGCAGAGGAGGCGGCUGGAGGAGCAGCAGCAGCGCGAACGUGAGCUGAGGAAGCAGCACGAGAGGGAACAGAGGAGGCGCUAUGAGGAAAUGGAGCAGCUCCGCAGAGAGGAGGAGAGGAGGCAUGCCGAGAGAGAGCAGGAGUAUAUUCGUAGACAGCUGGAAGAGGAGCAGAGGCAGUUAGAGAUUCUCCAGCAGCAGCUACUACAGGAACAGGCGUUACUGCUGGAGUACAAGCGUAAGCAGAUCGAGGAGCAGCGGCAAGCGGAGCGGCUACAGAGGCAGCUCCAGCAGGAGAGAGCCUACCUGGUGUCUCUGCAACAGCAGCAGCAGGAGGGAAGGCAAGCGGAGAAGAAACAGCUUUACCACUACAAAGAUGUCAUCAAUCCUAAUGACAAGCCUGCGUGGGCUAAAGAGGUACCGAAGCAGCAGCAUGCUCAUGGUAACAUGCCCCAACUACGACAUCACCAGUCGUUCAAUCAACCGGCUUCGUCCCCUGGCUCUCAAGGCCAACCCAGAAAUCAAGCUCCUAGACGAACACAGUCCCAUAGCCAGUCCCAUGGUCCUCCGCCCCUCUCUGCCCGACUCACCAACAUAUGUGUUUCCCCAGACCUCGAAAAAUCCCUAGAUCCAGGGCUGAAGCAGGAGAUAAGUCAGCAGGUCCGCGAGUUUAGGGCCCAGAGACUUAGUCAGAAGUGCAGUCCGGGGCCCUCCCAGAAACACACUCCUGCUGCUGGGCAAGGACCCACCAAAGGCCCUACUAAGAGCCAUAAUGAGCUUUCUAGUCAAGGAAAACCCAACCCAUCUAGUCCAGUACCCAACCUUAAUCCUCUGAGGGCCAGUAGUCACAUAGAGAAGAGUAGAGAAAGGUUUCUCUCCGGUCCCAUAAUAAUGGGAGCCACCCAGGGGCUAAUGUCUUCAGACCUACAGCCCAAGGCCCUUCAAUCUCAUCCUCAGCCCCCAGGACAAGUCCAGAGAUCCCAGUCUGAAACAAAUCAAGUUUCCAACCCUGCUGUGAAAUUGGUGGAGGAGCGGUCUAAGCUGAACAGGCAGAGCUCGCCAGCGCUGCAGCACAAAGUGUCCAACCGCAUCUCUGACCCCUCCCUCCCUCCCCGAUCCGAGUCCUUCAGCAGCGGGGGCAUGCAGCCUGCCCGCACCCCACCCAUUCACCGCUCCAUCGAACCACAGAUGGCUCAUCUGGUUCCAGUGAAGACCCACUCCAGCUCCAUGUCUGGCUCUCAGUCUCUGCAGGACCAGACGGGCUCAGCCCUGAGUGAGGGUGUGAGCGCAGUGUCCCCGCGGCCCGAGAUGCCUCGGCAAAACUCGGACCCCACGUCUGACAACCCCGGACCCCAGCUGCGCGUCACCGGCAGGGAGGAACGCGACCGGGAACGAGACAGGGAUCGGGACAGGAAUGCUUGGCUGAGAGAGGAGGACCUUCCACCAAAGGUCCCCCAAAGGACCACAUCCAUCUCCCCAGCUCUCGUCAGGAAGAACUCCCCGAACGGAGGAGCGGAUCUAGGCCCUCGCACAGGUUCACAGCUCAUACGGGCCAGUAACCCGGACCUGAGACGCUCUGAGCUCUCCUUAGAUGCCAUGCUGCAAAGAACCUCCUCCAACUCCUCCUCCUCCUCCUCCCCUUCAUCUCAGGGAGGCUCGGUCGAGAGAAGAGGUCAACCCAAGCAGGACUCGUCUCCUCCAGGAGCCAAUCAGGAGGCAAAGUCCAAACCGGAAGAGGGCCGUGAAUCAGCCAGACCCAGCCGACCUGCUAGCUAUAAGAAAGCCAUAGAUGAGGAGGAGCUGGACCUAAGUGCACUGGCUAAAGAACUCCGAGAACUGAGGGUAGAGGAGGGCACCAGGCCCCCAGUCAAGGUGACCGACUAUUCGUCCUCGAGUGACGAGUCAGAGAGCAGCGACGAGGACGGGGAGACGGUGGGUCACGACGGGACCGUUGCUGUUAGUGACAUCCCACGCAUCAUGCCAGCAGUGCAGGGCAGUGGCGAGUCUUAUGGAGGGCUGACGGAGGACUCCUUGGGAGAGGCCUAUAAUAGCUCCAAGGACAGCACUCAAGUGAUGAGAGAGGCGGAAGAGAGGAGGAGAGGAGGUCACACGGAGAGCAACGGCUUUGGAAGUCACGGCAACCACGGCAACCUCCCCGACUUGGUACAGCAGAGCCACUCCCCCUCAGCUACGCCCACCAGCGCCCUGCAGGAACUUAGUGACAUGGCAGAGUUUGGUAUUAGUGGCUCGAAAGCAUCCUUUACGCCAUUUGUCGAUCCACGUGUCUAUCAGACCUCCCCAAGUGAAAAUGACGAUGACGACAACUCAGCGGCAGCCAUGUUUGCAAACGAGCUGCUGAGGCAGGAGCAGGCCAGACUAAACGAAGCCAGAAAGAUCUCCGUGGUCAACGUGAACCCUACCAACAUCCGCCCCCACAGCGACACACCCGAGAUCCGCAAGUACAAGAAGCGCUUCAACUCUGAGAUCCUGUGCGCCGCACUCUGGGGCGUCAACUUACUGGUCGGGACGGAGAAUGGCUUGAUGCUGCUUGACCGCAGUGGACAGGGGAAAGUGUACAACCUCAUCACCAGGCGCCGCUUCCUGCAGAUGGACGUGCUGGAGGGUCUCAAUGUAUUAGUCACAAUAUCUGGGAAAAAGAACAAGUUGCGCGUCUACUACUUGUCCUGGCUGAGAAACCGAAUAUUACACAACGACCCUGAGGUGGAAAAGAAGCAGGGCUGGAUUACCGUGGGAGAGCUGGAGGGGUGUGUGCAUUAUAAAGUUGUAAAAUACGAGCGGAUCAAAUUUCUGGUUAUCGCUCUGAAGAACUCGGUGGAAAUCUACGCCUGGGCUCCCAAACCCUACCACAAGUUUAUGGCCUUCAAGUCCUUCACUGAGCUGCAGCACCGCCCCCAGCUGGUCGACUUGACGGUGGAGGAAGGUCAGCGGUUAAAAGUCAUCUACGGCUCCAGCGUGGGCUUCCAUGUCGUCGACGUAGACUCGGGCAACCCUUACGACAUCUACAUCCCCUCACAUAUAAAGAUCCAGAGUCAGGUGACGCCCCACGCCAUCGUGGUGCUGCCCAAGACCGACGGGAUGGAGAUGCUGCUGUGUUACGAGGACGAGGGCGUCUACGUGAACACCUACGGUCGGAUCACAAAGGACGUGGUGCUUCAGUGGGGAGAGAUGCCUACCUCUGUUGCCUACAUUCAUUCCAACCAGAUUAUGGGCUGGGGUGAGAAAGCCAUAGAGAUCCGCUCUGUGGAAACGGGUCACCUGGACGGCGUCUUUAUGCACAAGAGGGCCCAGAGACUCAAGUUCCUCUGCGAGCGGAACGACAAGGUGUUCUUUGCAUCGGUGCGUUCGGGAGGCAGCAGCCAAGUUUUCUUCAUGACUCUCAACAGAAACUCUAUGAUGAACUGGUGAUGGCUCCUCCCACUGUCCCCUCUUCUGCCUCACUCUUCUGUUGGCCCGACCAGGGCCGACUCACCUUAGGCCCCACCCACGGCACGUCACACACACAAGCGAACGCGACUCCCCGAGAGGCCGCGAGUGAACUAUUUUAACACUGGAGAGACCCAAAAAAAAUGAUGUAAGGAAAAAAAAACAACCACAAAAACGACAACACACGCGUGUGCUAAGUGAAGAGGUCGUGUCCAGAAGAUUAUGUCUGGUCGUGCAGAAGCCAUUGAUACACAACUGACUGGCAAACCGGUGCCACUAACUCUCCAAAUAUUCUCUUUCAGUGUCUGUCUGUCUGUAACUCUUUCUCCUUUUUAGUCUCUCUCCCCCCCGCAAAACGGACCAGUGCAUUCCACAGCUGUUGAAGAAUACUCCUCUGCUCCUUCCUCUCUUCCCGUUAGAUCUUGCCCUCAUCGGCGGAAUUACGAUUUGAUAUCAAUUUAAAUAGUUUCCUCUGGAUGUGAGGGAGCACAAAAGGGGGGGCCGGCCGAGGGACGACGGGUAUUGAUUUUCCUUCUCCUCCUGUCACUCCCCUUCCUCCUCCUGCACCUCCUCGAGGUUGUGAUUUGGUGUUCGAUUGCUGAUAGAGAUGCGGCGAGACUCUGCCGUCGUAGGCAGGUAGACAUAGUAUGCAAAGACGAUGUCCAUGUCCCUUUAAUAUGAAACCACUGGUCCAUGAAGUGUUUUCUCUCCCGUCUUCCUCUUUCCCUUUCACUUAUCUCCCCCCCCACACCCCCACACACACUUUUCACUCCUCUCUGAAGGUGCUGCAUCAGGUAUACUGUAACAUUAAAAUGAACAAUGCGCACGUUAUUGUGUUCAUUCUUCUUCUUCUCCUCCUUCUUCUUCUGUUUUUUUCGUCUUUCCUUUUUCUGUGUAGCACUUUUUGCGGUCAGCUUAGUCUUAAUUGAAGCUCGAUGAAUUGUACAGCACACGCGUCUCUAAAAUCAGGAAUCGUAGGAUAUUGAAGAAAAUGUCGACAAAACAAAGUCCAGUCAUUCUGUGAGUGUGUGUGUGUGUGUGUGUGUGUGUGAGAGAGUGUGUUUACAAGCAGGUUUAUGGAGUUAUCUUCUUCGAUAUUGGCGGAUGAUUCUGUUGCCUUGAAGACAACAAUAUUCCGGCUACUCGCGCCCGCGUCACAGCGGGGUAUGAGCUACCGGGAGUACUGUGUGUGUGUGUGUGUGUGUUGUGAAAGCUGUGAUUGGCUCUCCUGAUUUUGGCCUCCCAACUGUGUGCGUACGGUGCCAAGCGUAUGACGUAACCGACUAAAACCAGGCCGAGAGGUCACCGCUCGUUUUUUUAUAAUCAAUGGAUUUUAUUGCCUAUGCGGUUUAGUUUACACAUUUUUUUGUUUUUGUGUGUGUGUGUGUGUGUAUGCGUGCGUUAUUGUCCUCAACCUUAACACGUGACAUUAACAACCUUAAGACUUGAUUUGUUCUCUGAAAGGAGUCAUUGCAUCGCAUGACGAAAGUGUUCCAUUUUCGCUCCUGAAUAUUUAGUUCAAUUAUUAAUACAUUUUUUG